AUGGCAGUGGAUGAGUACGAAUAUUAUGGAAUCUCGUAUGAUAUCCUUAGUAGUAGCUUUCCUAGUGUGAUCUUGUUUGUGGCUUGUGAAAAUGAAACUGUUGUCAAAUUUGAUUCCUUAACAAUAACACUCGACAGUAUGGAAACCUAUCAGAUGGAAAGUGUUAAUGAUAUCACAGGAACAAGAAUAACAAGCUCCAAACCUUUGUCUGUGUUUAGUGGAUCUGAGUGUGCUAAUGUUCCUCAAGGUAUAGGAGCUUGUGACCACCUGGUUGAACAAGUGCCUCCUACUGUGACAUGGGGCUUAAAAUUCCUCGUGGCAUCUCUCGAGGGUAGAUAUUCUGGUGAACGUAUUCGUGUUCUUAGUGCCCGAGCAACAAGUGUAGCUGUGAACUGUAACACUGACAUAUUAGUCAGUGAAUUCCAGUUACAGAGUGGAGGGAGCUUCAGAGAAUUUGAAUUACCUAUUAGCAGUUUCUGUAGUAUUGAAUCCACUUCUCCAGUACUGGUUGCCCAGUAUGCAUAUGGUGGUGAGAGUGAUGGCGUAGGAGACCCAUUCAUGAUGAUAAUCCCUCCAAUUGAGCAGUUUACAAAUAACUAUUUAGUCGAGAGUUUCACUAUUUUCACAUCCAACUAUGUCACGAUCUGCUUGAAUGGAUUUGUUGCUUCAUUGUCUGAAACAGAUGAAAUUGUCUGUACCAUCAUAACCUGUCCUCCCUCGACUACUCCUUCCAAUGGCUCUGUGACAUACAGUGCCAUUGCUAAUCAAAAUGACACCUAUGCUUUUGAUGUGGUAGCUACCUACAACUGUUUCGCUGGGUUUUCUAUUGUCGGCGACAAUACAAGGAACUGCACUGGAGAUGGCAGUAGCACUACUGGUGCUUUUGCUGGUAUAGCUCCAAUCUGUGCAGCUAUAACAUGCCCUCCACUUUCAAACCCAACAAACGGCUCUGUGUCAUAUUCAAAUGUGCCUGGUCAAGGCAACAGCUAUGAUUUCAAUGUCGAGGCUACCUACAGUUGUGAUAUUGGAUAUUCACUAGUUGAUAACAACACAAGGACUUGCACUGGAGAUGGAAGUAGCACUACUGGUUCUUUUGAUGGAGAAUCACCAACUUGUGAAGUCAUUACCUGCCCUCGCCUGAGUGAUCCUUCCAACGGCACUGUGACUUACAAUGUUGAGAGUGGUAAUUUUGAGUUUGGAACGCAAGCAAUAUACAGUUGUGACAAUGGAUUUUCUCUGGUUGGUAAUACGACCAGAACUUGUACUGGAGAUGGCAGUAGCACUACUAGUUCUUUUGAUGGAGAAGCACCAACUUGUGAAGCCAUAAUGUGCCCUGCUCUAAGUGACCCAAUUAAUGGUGAAAUAGACUAUGAUGGUGGAGGUAUUUCAGCUAACAACAACCAAUUCCAAAUUCCUUUUGGUACGAUGGCCACCUACACUUGUGUCAUUGGUUUUGAUCCGAUUGGUAAUGACAUAAGAACGUGUACUGGAGAUGGUAGUAGCACUACUGGUGCAUUUAGUGGAAUUGAUCCAACAUGUGAACCCAUAACCUGUCCUCCUUUGAUGACCCCAACCAAUGGCACUGUGUCUUAUAGCGGAGUUCCUACUGAUGUAAAUGGCAACUUGUCGUUCAAUGUAAUAGCUACCUACAGUUGUGACACUGGGUUUGCUCUGGUUGAUAACAGGUCAAGGAUUUGCACCGGAGACGGGAUGAGUGUCAAUUGUGGCUUUAAUGGAACAGCUCCAACUUGUGACCCUAUAACCUGCCCUGCUCUGGCAGCGCCGAGUAGUAGCAGUAUUGACUUUGGAGGAGCCUCAUCUGAUGGAAACAGCAACUAUGCCUUUGAUGUGGUAGCUAAUUACAAUUGUGAUAUAAUGGAUUUUCUCUGGUUGGUAAUAGCUCGAGAACGUGUACUGGAGAUGACAGUAGCACUACUGGUUCUUUUGAUGGAGCAACUCCAACUUGUGAACCAAUAACUUGCCCUGGUGUGCCCAUACCGAACAAUGGCAAUAUUAACUUUGGUGGAGCCUCACGUGAUGAAAAUAGCACAUAUAUUUUUGCUGUGGUGGCUACCUACAGUUGUGACACUGGGUUUUAUCUGGUUCGUAACGACUCACGGACUUGCACUGGAGAUGGCAGGAGUAUUAUUGGUACUUUUGAUGUGUUGGCUUCAACUUGUCAGCCUAUCGUCUGCCCUCCCUUGACUAUUCCUUCUAAUGGUGCUGUGACAUACAAUUCUACAGCUAGUGAAAACGGCGACUUUGAUUUGUUUGUGAUGGCUACCUACAAUUGUGACACUGGAUUUUUUCUGGUUGGUGACAACUCAACAACUUGCACUGGAAACGGCAGUAACAUUACUGGUGCCUUCGAUGGCCUAGUUCCAAUCUGUGAAGCUAUAACAUGCCCACCACUUUCCAAUCCAACCAACGGCUCUGUUUCUUAUUCGAAUGUGCCUGAUCAAAACAACAGCUAUGUGUUCAAUGUAAUGGCUACCUACAGAUGCAACUCUGGGUUUGCUCUGGUUGGUAACAACACAAGGAAUUGCUCUGGAGAUGGCAGUAGCAUUACUGGUGCAUUUGAUGGAGAGGAUCUGAAAUGUGAAGUUUUAGUUGCCUCUUCUGCAUCACUUAUCCGAGAUGUUGUCAUACCUGUUGUGAGUGUGGUGGCUGUACUAGCUCUAGUUGUACUGGGUGGAGCUGUCUCAGUAUGGAUACAUUCAAGUGAUAAGCCAUCUGUUGAAGUUAAAAAAGCCUGAAACUGGGACUGCUUAUAAACUAUUGUAAUCUUUAAUGGCUUUCAUUCUGUGUAAAACUAAUAAUUAUCAUAUACGUCAUUUAUAUUUAAGUAGAUAGAGGUCUUUGGGUUUGAAACACCAACUUAUUAUUUAAUUUGUGAUUCUAUUCUUAUAAAGAGUAAUGCUCUAUACCAAUGAGCUCACUUACA